GUUUUUGUUUUGUUUUGAAAUAAAACAAUUUUAAGCCAUAGAAUGAUUGUAAAAAGUGGAACUAUUAUUCCUUUUAUAUUUAAAAAUACAAAAAAACUCAUUGCGAUUCCGUCUAUAGACCGAAAUAAAGAACUUAAUUUUGUUGAUAUUAAACAAGCCGUUAAUUCGGCUUUCGAAAAUUUAAAAAAUAAAUAUGAAUUUUAUAAUUUCAAGAUCGGAUUCCAAAUACCAGAAGAAAUCUUCAUUCCAUACUUAGAACAACGUCACGAUUUGACUAAUUUCGUUAUAGAAAUAGUGGAAACUAACAAUAAAAAGGAUGACGAAGCCAAUAGUCUUAAUAGUUGUCACAAUUCUAAAUCAAAGUAUUCCAUCGAGAAUUCUACUAAGAGAACAGGGAAUGAUGAUUCUCAAUGUUCAAUAAAGAAAAUUAAACUUGAAGGUUCUAUAGAUGAUGAUCUAGAAAGCAUUCUUAAAACAUCAACUAAGGGCCAGGCAAUAUGCAGCAACUUUGAGAGGUCAAAUAAACUCAGUGAAGAAGACAGAGCUGCUCUCGUAGAACUUGUAAUAGAUUUUGAGCUCAAAAACGUUCGCGUACAAAAGGCGCCAUAUGUUAUUGGAACCAAAAGACUAAUCGGCUUGACUUCUGCUAUUGUCCAGAGAUUUCCAGAUGAAGAUCCUAAGAAGUACUUUGAUGAUGAGCAUUUAAAGUUUCUUGAGCACAUUGCUGCUGGAAAACUGUUUGAAAAAUUCCUGGAAAAAAAGAUGCAAUACAUCAAAGAGAUGGAAAAAAACUAUAAAUACUUUGACGCUGCGGAAGGGACUAUGGAUGAAGAUUUUCCAGAGCUGAUGGAGUUGCAAAAAUUAAGUGGAGACUGGAAAUCGUACUUCAGAGCUUGGCAGUGUACCUUUGAUUUGCGCAUUGCUUAUUUCAAAAACAGUACAAAUCCCAUGUACUCUUUUGGAAAACUUAUUUCAUGUGUUCUCGAGCGUGCCCAUGAUCUUGUGGAGUAUGAUUUCGAGCGACUACAUCCGGAAAAGAGCACAAAGCUCUUCGACAAUUGGGAUAUAAUGAGCGAGAAAAUUUUCACAGAAGCCCUUGCCUCGGACCGAAAUGAUGUGCCACUUAUUCUAGACUUGUACGGAAUGUUGUCCGAGUUCUCAGGUUUGAUGAUGCUUAGUUAUUUUGUCGAGAACUAUGAACGAGACGUAAAGCCUUUUGAAAAGGACGACCCUGACAAUCUUGUUAUUCAUGUUGAGCGGGUAAUCGGAGAUCCUGAAGAAUUCUUCCAGCAAUAUAGUGGCACAUAUAACUUAUCAACACCGCUGAUCUUUGCAACAGGUGAAAUUGAUGCGGAUCUUAAUUUUUAUGUUCUUGUUGGUUCGAAUGUAUUUAAAAUGGAAAGUGUGCUAAAAGCAGUUGAUUUUUGUUUUAAGUGCUAUCAGACUCUUCAAAUGUAUUAUCCCACAGCACAGUCGCUAAGUUGGCGAGUAAUUCAAAGUGCCUUCUACGGCAUACAAACUGAGAGUGGUUGUAAGGUGUCUGAGAAAAUUUUGAAAACUUUAAACAACACUUAGGCUGAAAGAUAUUGCCUUAAAAUAAUAAUUAUAAAAUAAAAAAUAUUCAAUCGUUAAUUUAAAUAAAAUAUAAAAGCUUUUUCUUAUUGCCAUGAUUUGUUUCCGUCAAAAGUUCGGAAAGGUAAAUUCAAUGUAUGUAUUUUGCUCAAUAGCAAACAAGAGACAUUUUGUUGAAUGAUCUUUUGGUUGCCUUUUAUUCAAGUUUUUGAAGGUAAGUAUCUUUUUUUGAAAUC